AUGGGGGGGGGCAGGAAAUCUAAGUCUAACACGGCGGUCGCCCCGAUCUUCCGAAGCCGCGGGGAACAAGACCGCCCACGUGGUAAUGGCGGCAACGACGGUCAGGACUCUGAAUCAGAGUCAGAGCUCAGCGACCACAGCCACACACAAGACCAGGGUCCCCUCACUAAAAGGGACCUGCAAAGCCUCCUCCAGGACAUCAAGUGCAACAUAGCAGCUGAAUUUGCAAAGCAUCUAGCUCCACUGAAAGAAGAAAUGGCAGACCUGACUAAACGAACCUCAGAUAUAGAAGACAGCAUGGAACAGGUCACUUCAACCUCUACCACGCAAGCACAAACUAUUCUAG